AUGAAUGAAAAUGAACAAAAUGAAAAAUACGCAAACUAUUUGCGAAAUAAAAUUAUAAAAUAUUUUAAUUUAAAAAGUGAAGAUUUAGAAUUGAAAUAUAUCAUAUCAAUAUUAAACAGUACAAAAUAUGAUUUAUAUAGUUCCAUAUAUUUAUUGAAUGAAUCUUUUUUUGAAAGUAAUAAAAAUAAUAAAAUAACAAUAAAUCAUAUUAAAAAGUUUACACAAGAUCUAGUCGAUUCAAAAAGCAAGUUUGUUAUAUCAAAUGCAGUAGAAAAUUGCCAGGUUCAAAAAGUUGGUGAUGUAAAAAGUGGGGGCGGAAAUAAUGACGGCACAUGCACUGAACUAAAAAAUAAAUCUAUACACAACUCGAUAGAAUCCAUUUUUAAAAAAUAUGAUGGGCAACCACGUCAUGACAAAGGGAAUGAAAAUGACGAGAAAAUAUCUAAAGGAAUCAAUAGUAAAAAGAAAGAUAAACAAAAAAAUUAUAAUACAAAUAUCGAACAUGUAAACAUUUCGAAAGGAGAAAAAAUACAAAAUAAAACAAAUCUAAAUGAAACGGAAGCAGACAAAAAAUUAUUUUUUGAUAAGCUACAUAACAAAAAUGUAAAAAAUAGUACAGAUGAAACAAAACCAAAGGAAGAUGAACAUAACAAGACAAUUAGUAAACAAACAGAAGAAAAAAAAGAAACAGAUUAUUUCUCUUUUUUUAAUAGAAAAGAAAAUCCAUAUUCGUUAAAAGAAAUUAUUGAACUUAUUGAUAAUGAGAAUGUAGAAAAAGAUAAUGAUAAUGAUAAAAUUAGUCAAAAAAAAAAAAAAAAAAAUAUUCAAAUUUGUACAUGUAAUGGGAAAAAUCAUAAAAUAUAUGCAAACUGUCUUAUAUGUGGCAAAUUAUUUUGCUCCAAAAUUAAAUUUAAAAAUUGUAUAUUUUGUGAUAACCCUUUAUAUGAAUCUGAUAUUAUAAAUACUUUAUUUUCAUCAACAAAAUUAGAAACUAAAACAAACAAAAUAAUUACAAAUAUGAAAAAUUCAAAUCCCUUUCUCUACAAAUAUUACUUUGACCCACUUAAUAAUAAUUUAAAAAAAGCCAUUAGUAUGCGAAACACAAUGUUAAAAAAUUCUAUAAAUGAAGAUAAUACAAAAAUAAUUGAUGACAGUAUAGAUUGGUUUGAGGAUGACAUUAAAAACACACUCAACAUUCAGGAUAUUCAUUUUUCAUGUUAUGAUGAUGAUACAAAAAAUGAGAUAGUAAACAAAUAUUACGACAUAUUCAAAAAAAAAAUUACCGAUAUAAAUAUCGACAUUGAUUUUAAAAACCUUAAAAUAAGUGAAAAUGUGGAUUAUGCGAAAAUAAAAGAAUUUAGUGAAUACUUAAAUGAGCAUGAAAAAGAAUAUCAAGAAAGAAAAAAAAAAUUAUCAGAGGGCACACCCCAUAAUUAUUUAAGUAAUAAAGAAAAAAGAUAUAUAAGUUAUGUUAAUGAUUUAUGUAAAAUGUUUUUAACAAAUGACACAACAAAAGAAGAUACAAAUUUACUUAAAUCCAAAAAAGUUAUUCCCAUUAUGGAAAAGAAAAAAUAUAAAUAUAAUGUGUUAAACAUAAGUGAUGAUGAAUAUUAG